AUGUCUACUUGGCUCCCCGCCUUUCUUUUUUUCUUAGCCACCGCCAACACUAUCUCGUGCACAAGCCGGGACCGUGAACUGGUUCAAGCAGCUCUAGCCGAGAUCCGCACUGCUACGGACUGGGCUCGAGCCUCCCUCGGACUACUGGAUCUGGAUCAAGAACGAGAGAUUAAUGAUUACCAUCAUGUUGGCGUGCCUCUAGCCGACUGCUUCAAGCUGUAUGAAGAAGCUGACCCGCGGCUCCGUCGGUUGGUCUCCAGCCACGGCUAUACGUGGGACGAUGCUGUAACGUGGCUGAGCGGCGCGCUGGCCAGCCAUAGGAGUUGUUUGGAUGGGCUGGAAGAGAAGGGGUUGCUGGCUCAGGCUCCGCUGGUGGCUCGUAACUUGACUGUGUUGCUGCGAGAAGGUCUGGCCUUGCAUCGGACUGGUAAAAAGGGAUAUCGAUCCCGCAGUAAUGAAAAUUAUGAAGGGGUCUUAGCGUCGUGGAAUGCAGCGAGCUCGAAGGCCGACCUUGUGGUGGCGCAGGACGGCUCCGGCAACCACAGGACGAUCACUGCGGCGGUGGCUGCACUUGCUCAUCAAGGUCGAUCGGGGAGGGCAAUUAUCUACGUGAAAUCUGGUGUUUACAAGGAGAAAGUGGAGAUUAAGGGGAGCAUCAAGAACCUGAUGCUUGUCGGAGACGGCAUCGACAAAACCAUUGUCACCGGCAACAAAAAUGUUGUGGAUGGUGCAACUACUCUGAGUUCAGCCACAUUUGGAGUAUCCGGUGACGGCUUUUGGGCGAGGGACAUAACGUUCGAGAACACCGCCGGACCCCAAAAAAACCAGGCGGUGGCGCUGCGGGUGAGCUCUGACCUCGCCGUGUUCUAUCGUUGCAGCAUCAAAGGCUACCAGGACACUCUCUACAUCCACUCCCAGCGCCAAUUCUACCGCGACUGCCACAUCUACGGCACCGUAGACUUCAUCUUCGGCGAUUCCCCCGCCGUCUUCCAGAACUGCGACAUCUUCGUGCGGCGGCCAAUGGACCACCAAUCCAACAUGAUCACCGCCCAGGGCAGGGACGACCCCAACGAGAACACCGGCAUCUCCAUCGUGAACUCUCGCGUCGUUGCGGCGCCGGAGUUCGGCGACGUCAAAGGCCGGUUCCGGAGCUACUUGGGCCGGCCAUGGAAGAGAUACUCGAGGACCGUGUUUCUGAAAACCAACCUUGAUGGCUUGAUUGAUCCCAAGGGGUGGACUGAAUGGAGAGGCGACUUUGCUCUUUCGUCUCUUUACUAUGGUGAGUAUAUGAAUUCCGGCGCCGGCGCUUCUACUGCCGGAAGGGUCAGAUGGCCCGGCUUUCAUGUGAUUAGCGAUGCUAGAGAAGCUAGUUCUUUCGCCGCGAAGAAUUUUAUUCAGGGGGAUCAGUGGAUUCCGGCCUCUGGUGUGCCGUUUUGGGCUGAGGUUUGAUUUUCACCGAAGAUACAUAUGAAGAUCAGGCGGCUGCAGGGACUGCAGUGCUACGUACGCUUGUGACAAUGGCU